ACACACAUAUUAUUUACCUGAAUAAAAAAAAAGUACACAUACACACAUUCUUCUUUUCCGAUCAUUCUCCGGUGAUUCUUCCUGUCCACGCGCCGCCUUUUCUCCGCCGUAAUCAGCUAUUUACUCUCACAGUAAUUUUGAUUCUAGCGUGGAUGGAUAUCAGCUCUAGUUCAGAUUCUGACAUCAGUGAUUCGGACAUUCUUGAGUACAAAAAUAAGCCAUAUGAGCAGCUGAGGAGUGGGAAGCUCAAAGUUAAAUAUCCAAAUGGCAUUCUUCGGUGUCCGUUUUGCGCAGGGAAGAAGAAACAGAAUUUCAAGUACAAAGAUCUGCAUCAACACGCGACUGGAGCGAGCAAAGGUUCUUCAAACCGAAAAGCUAUACAAAAGGCGAAUCAUCUUGCUUUAAAGAUGUAUUUGGAAAAUGAACUUGCAGAUGAGGCUGAAAAGCCGUUGAUAGUGGCUGCUCCAGUACCUGCAGCUCCAGUAUCUGAAGAUAAUGAUUUAUAUUGCUGGCCUUGGACUGGACUUGUGGUCAACAUAGUCAAAGAUGCCAAUAAUGGGCAAGAUAUUGAGAAUAAAGAAUAUUGGGUGAAAUUUUUUGCGAAGUAUAAGCCCGAAACUAUUGAGAUCUUAUGGGACAACCAUAAACAGACGGCACAAGCUUUGGUGGGAUUUAAUAAUGAUUGGACUGGUUUUAGGAAUGCAAUGGAGUUUGAGAAAUCAUUUGAAGCUGCCCAUCACAGUAAGAAAGAAUGGAAGUUUUCUGAAAAUCCUAAUGAUUCUAGAAUUUAUGCAUGGAUAGCUCGUGCGAGUGACUUUGAAUCGCAAGGGCCGAUAGGAGAAUAUCUCCGUGCUAAUAAAGUUCUGAAAACGAUAGCUGAUCUUGUUCAAGAAGCUGUUGACAACAGAAACAAAGCCGUCGUGGAGUUAGCAACUGAAAUUGACAUGAGAAAUGAAAAUCUUGAUGAUUUGCAAGUCAAAUACAAUCAGAAAACCAUGUCUUUGAGUAGGAUGCUCGAGGAAAAAGACAACCUUCAUCAAGCUUUUUAUGAAGAGACAAGGAAAAUGCAGCGGCUUGCCAGGGAGCAUGUGAAAAGGGUGUUAGAUGAACAGGAAAUGCUAAAUGCAGAUUUGGAAGAGCGUAGGAAAAAGCUUGAUGACUGGAGCAGGAAACUCAAAAUGAGUGAGGCCAAAACGGAACGUGAUAAACAGAAGCUAGAAGAAGAUAAAAGAAAGAAUGAUCUGCAAAACACUUCUCUGCAAAUGGCUUCCGUGGAACAGAAAAAAGCUGACGAGAGUGUCUUGAGGCUGGUUGAAGAGCAGAAGAGAGAGAAGGAGGAGGCUUUGAAGAAAGUACUUGAGUUGGAGAGACAACUAGAUGCUAAACAGAAAUUGGAGAUGGAAAUCGAAGAACUGAAAGGGAAACUGCAGGUGAUGAAGCAUCUGGGAGAUGAUUCAGCAGUUCAGGAGCAAAUUAAAAAGAUGGACGAUGAACUGAAAUCGAAAAUGGAGGAAAUGGAUGGGGUCGAGGAACUGAAUCAAACUCUCAUGGUUAAGGAGCGUCAAAGUAAUGAUGAGCUACAAGAAGCUCGCAAAGAGUUGAUUAAGGGUCUACAGGAUAUGUUGAGUGGACGUACGAAUAUCGGGGUGAAGAGGAUGGGAGACCUUGAUGCGAAAUCCUUCGAAGAAGCCUGCAAGGAGAAGUUCGGCUACGAGGAAGCUGAGAUUAAGGCCAUGGAGUUGUGUUCCCUAUGGCAGGACAAACUCAAAAACCCUGAGUGGCAUCCAAUGAAAGUCGUACUAGUAAAUGGCGCGCACGAGGAAGUGGUUAAUGAAGAUGAUGAACUGCUGAGAGAUCUCAAGGCCGAGUGGGGACCCCGUAUCUUUGAUGCAGUGGUUACUGCUUACAAAGAGAUGAAUGAAUACAAUGCUAGUGGAAGAUAUGUGGUCUCCGAGCUGUGGAACUUCAAAGAUAAUAGAAAAGCUACACUGAAGGAAGUUAUCAGCUACAUCUUGAAAAAUUUGAAGAACCUUAAGCGAAAAAGAUAAAAAGAUCUCUGCUCUUGGAUACGCGCCACAACUAGCUCCUGGAUACACUUAACUUUCAGAUUUCUGCUCGUGUUUGGACCUGUCUUGGGAUGGCAUUUAGCAAUGCUCUAUCCCAGCUACUUAUCUAAUUUGUCUGAUGUUGUAGCUCCUUCUGGUACUAGAGCCUACUGCUUGGAUUUGCUUAAGUAAUAUUAUGAACAUAUUAAGAAUGCAUUAAAAAUUAGUCAUCGAAUACAGUAAUGUUUUAAGCAGUUCCGAAGUGAUGCUAGCAAAAAAUAAAACAAGAAACAGGCUCUUUGCUUAA